AUGAGUGCUCCCCUCGCCUCCGAGUUGUCUGAGUUGGCGGCGCCGCGCCCCGGCUUCCGGCUCUCGGCGCCCCACGCGCUCGCGGCUCCAGCGGCUGCAGCCCACGUCCGCGCCGGGAGCCGAGCUCGCCGCGCCGCGCCGCGCCAGGGGAGCCCGGGCUCCCGAGCUCCUGUCCCGGCCCCGGUCCAGGGGAAAGCAGGGGUGUCCCCGGGCAGAGGCGCACGGCCGCGCGGUCUCCCGCACUCUCCGCGGCCCAUCGGUCUCUCCAUGGCCUCUCAUCAGCAAUCCCGGAUCCAGGCUUACCUGGAGAAGAACAAGAUCGGUCCCCUGUUUGAGGAAUUAAUGACCAAGUUAAUUACUGAGACACCUGACCAGCCAAUCCCAUUUCUCAUUGGCCAUCUUCAGUCUAAACAAGAAAACCGUGGACACCUUCAAAGAACUUUAUCUGGAUCUGCAGCUCUCUGGGCAGAAAGUGAAACAUUAGAACAUAAAGGAACAAGAAGGGAAUUCAGAAACUAUGAUAAACCCUGGCAGUUAAAUGCAAAGAAGCCUAAAAAGUCAAAAAGCGACCUUGCUGUGUCUAAUAUUUCUCCACCAUCGCCAGAAUCAAAAUCAUUGCCAAGGUCAGUAGAUCAUCCUAAGUGGAAGUGGAGGAAUAAACCAGAAAGCCGUGAUUUUGAUGAAUUGAACCACAUCCUUCAAGAGAGCAAGAAACUGGGAAAAGCCCUUGAGAAUCUCUCUCGAAGUAUUGCAAUUUCAGAUGAACUCGAUAAGGAAGCAGUGGCGUUUCAUUCUUCUCUUCUGAGACCCCGUGUAAUUGGAGAGUGGAUUGGUCGAGAAGAGAACGAUGCUGAUCCACUGGCCGCUGAAAUGCUACAGCCCCCAAUUCCAAGAAGUAAAAAUGAACAAUGGGAAAAUGAAGAUAAUAGCUCUAGCCCUGCAGGAAGCUUAAAGGUGGAGCCCAAGACUAAAGGAUUAAAACAGCAGCAACAGCAGCAUAAGAAACUUCUGGCAGCAAUGCUCUCUCAAGAUUCUUUCGAGUCUGUCCAUAGCCCCACCCCAUCGGUAACAGAAGAAGAUAUUGAUAAUGAAGAUGAUGCAAUGGAAUUGCUGGGUAAUUUUAAAAAUUAAUAAUUUCUCUUUUUCUUCUCUGGCAUUGUAAAAGUGCAUAGUGGUUAAGAGAUUUUUAAAGUUUUGAGUAGUUUUGUCUUAGGGGAAAGAAACCGUUUAGCACACACUUGCAUUAGGCUUUCAUGGAGUUAAGUUGAAAUCACCUGAGCAUGUGAAGUACUUAUUAGACUGUAUUUUGUGCUUUGUAUAUGCAGCACUUACCUUCUGACUACUUAAUCAAGAUUUAUUCUCUGUGCACUUGUGAUACAAAUUCAAGUUUGUCUGCUUUAUUCUCCUGUUAUGAUUGCCUUGAUCACAUCUUUUGUCUAUAAAAGGCACCCAGAGUACAUAUUUCAGCCCGCAUUCCAAGAUGUCUCCCUAUUGUUUCAAGGAUGUUUUAGAAAAAGCAAGUUAAAUUUAAAAGGGCAGAUAGUAAAUUAAUGUUUUAUGUCUUUCAUAAAUGACAGGAAAGUUGGCAGAGAUUUCAGUGUUUUUACAGGCUCAUUACUUUCAUGAAAGUUUUAUACAUAGGAAGUCUUUUAUAUCUUUUAAAGAAGUAAAUGCAUAUUUUUGUUUCGUCAGAAAUCUCUGCAUAAUAGUUUUUUUAAAUUGAACUUCCUUUUGUAAAACCGUUUUUUCAAAAGAAGGAAAUUAAAUUUUAUUUCAGAGUGAAUUAUCCACAUAUAAAACAUUGAGUUUUUAAUUCAGUGAUAUUAGCUAUUCUAUUCUAAAUAAUUAGAACAAUUUUCAAAUACUUUGUAGCAAUAUACUAGAAAGUGAAUAAAUAAUAAAAUCAUUUGAAUGCUUCAGAUAAAUUUAACAUAUAGAAAAAGGAGCCCCAGAAGUGUACAGAUUUUUUUUAAUUAUUUUUUUUCUAAACUAGCUUCCUUGGUUUUAAGUGUUUAUGUGUUUAAGUGUUUAAAAUACUAUCAUUAUAAUAAAUGAUAUAGGUCUCCAUGCAUAGGCCUACAAGGUGUUAUUAAUUAAUGGUGGCAGGUUCACUGAUAAUUUCUGAUGUUAUAAUAACUGCAUUCAUUCCAGCAUUGAGGAGGCUAUGUCAUGGCAUUUUCACUUCACGCUGUCCAUCUUUUUUUUAAGAACUGUUAAAUCUGUGUGUUUUUUAAGGAAUCUCAUCUCCCUGCCUCCAAGUCAGUAAUGUGGCAGAUGUGUCAGAUAUGGUGGUGGUGCCUUCAUUCAACUUCCAUUCAGUGAACGUUUACUGAAUGCUAGGCCCUAGACUUGGUCCUGGGGAUGUAAAAAUAAAAUAAUCAUGGUUUCUGUUCACAGGAACUUUACAUUCUAGUGUUCAAGAUGAAACUGUAAAUGUCACUCUAAUAUUUUUUGCUACAGUUGCUAAUUUGAUUAAGCGCAGAGUUGUACAUAGGAAUAACAUCUAAUGCAGAAAAGUAGGGGCCGGUUAUCAGGGAAUGUUUCCUAGAGAGUCUGAUUCCUCUGGUAAGUCCCAGAGGACACGUAGAUGUAGUUCAGCAGGCAGUGUGGUCAUUACCCCUGCAGGUUUGCUGUUGUAAGGAUGGACUCUUGCAGUUGUGCUCCAUGACUGUGCCUGUACAUUGUUCCUCUGCUUCAGUCAGUAACCGUGAAGGGGGCAAGUCUGGAACUGUUAAUGGAUGUUGCCUAUGUAACAUCAGUGUUGGUGUGUUGGUACAUUGACAUUGGGUUUGCAGGUAUCCUUCUGUCCCCCUCAUUUCCUUUAUAGAAGAGCUCAUGGUCAGUUGAUACCCGCAUGAAGGCGGUUAUACUCUGUGUUGCAAAGAGAAUCUUUUGAAGAAAUCCAAGCAUUCUCCAAAUCACUUUGGGAUUCCUGAUAGCCUCAGGAAUGUCUAGUCAGAGUGGAGGAACUCAUAUAACGUCAGUAAUAUCAAGACAUUCUUUAAGGAGACUCAGGUGUCCACACAGUGCUGGCAUCCCUAGAUCUCAGCUCCUCUUUUCUGAGGUUUCUAGUCUCCCGAGAUGAAGACCAAAGGAUUGGGUUUUGGAGACUACCUAAUGUGAGCAAUUAACAGUUGGUCCUCACCAAUUUUGUUUCAUUUGACAUUUUAGCCUCUGGUCUGAGCAAGUUUAAGGAUGAGAGAUAGCUGGAGGUUUGGACUUCUGCCAUGUGAGUCCGCAUGUCAGCACAGGCUGCUGGUUGUGUACUAAUGCUGGUCUGUAGGUUAUGAGAUUUCCCUGCAAUAAUAUGGAAUGUUCCAAGUCCACUGGCCUGUCCCCUAAAAUAAUGCCAUAUGCAACCCUCUUGCCUAGUUGUCUCAGUGAACAAAGGUCAUAUAACAGAAAAUUCUUGGGCUUCCCUGGUGGCGCAGUGGUUGAGAGUCCGCCUGCCGAUGCAGGGGACACGGAUUCGUGGGUUCGUGCCCCGGUCUGGGAAGAUCCCACAUGCCGCGGAGCGGCUGGGCCCGUGAGCCAUGGCCGCUGAGCCUGCGCGUCCGGAGCCUGUGCCCCGCAACGGGAGAGGCCACAACGGUGAGAGGCCUGCAUACCAUAAAAAAAAACCCCAAAAAACAAAAAAAAACAAACAAAAUUCUGUCCACAAAUUGUUUUGCCCGUAAAUUUCAUCAAUUAAAGUAAAAUGUUAUUUAGAUAUGAAAUAUAUUUGUCUUUAAGGCCCUAAUACUCCUACCCAUUAAUAUUAUUCUAUUAUUUUAGAAAUAUAUGUUUAAAAUAUAGACUCAGAGUUUUCUUCAAAAGUAGAGUAUAUAAGUUCAUGACUUAUAAUGUUACGUAUGCCUUUAACUAAGGUAAUGAAUGGCUCAUGUCUUACAUGAAAUCAGACAGAUGUACAUGAAUAUUUUCAGUUAAUGCAGGAGCUAAGAAUUUUUCAGUCAUGAUAUAGUAAUGGAUAAAUAUGUGAAGUAUGGGUAUGAAAUAAAAUGGUUAUUAAGUUAUUCAGUUUUUAAACCUGCAUCUUCAAUAGGCAUGUGUAUCUCGAUUAAUAUUCCAUUGGCUAUCAAGUCUUACACUAAUCAAUUGAUGCAAUACUCCUAAAUCAAUUUAGAAACUAUAUAGUAUCUGUCUUCCCAGUCCUUUUAAUAUUAGAUUUACAUCAUUUCAUUUAUUAUUAAAGAAUUUUAAGAUAAUAGUUUUGAAACUCUGAUUCCAGAGAAACGUAAGUGAUUGUACAUAUGUGAGGAAAAUACAAAUGCUAAGUUCUUGAAAACAUAUUUGAAACCAAAUUUUAGUACAUGAAAUAAUUGUAAAUUGCAAGAGACAUCUGGUAUAUACAAUAUCCUUUUGAAUCCACAACAUUGUUUAGAAUGAAUUUGCAAUAGCUUGUAUGUUUUAAGGGUUUAACUUGUCAUUGUUACCAAUACCAGGUAUAACUGGCUGAAAGUUUUAUUUAUUAUGCAUGGGAAGCAGUCUAUAUGUUUUGUGCACUGAUAAAUAAGUAAAAAGUAUAAUUAUUAGUUAACAUUAAUAUAACAAAGGAUUAUUCCUAAGUAAAACUGAUUUGAAGGGGAAAAAAACUUUUAGUUUAGUAGUAAAACUGUUGACCCUUGUUUUGUUUGUUAAGGAAAUCUAGCAUUGAUAAUACAUACUGAUUAACAUUUAAUUUUUCACAGUUGUUUAAUUGUAUAUUUGUGAAUUUCUUUUCUAAGUGUACUGGGCAUAUGAAAAUACUAUUAUACAACGUCUAUGACUUUUAAGUAGAUUAAAUAUUUUCUGUAAUUGCUUUAAAUACUACUUAUAAAUUCAUAGUACAAAAGUAGCUUAAUAUGGAAUUAAUGUAUACCAGAGAAUAAAAUUUCCAAAUUUGUGGAAUUUUAAGAUUUAACAAUUUUAAGCACCUCUGAAAUUGAUGCUUUAAUUACAGAAGAAGUUGAAUAAGAUAUCUGCCAAUUCAUCUCAAACUAAGUAGGUCUCAACUUCAAAUAUAAGAUAUUCUCAAAUAUUUUGGUAAUUAUGCUGGAAAUUGAUCACAAUGAGUAAAACUAUGAAGAAUCUGCACAUUAUUUUUUAAAGUUAUUAAAGUCAAUAAUCUUUCAAAAGCAGAAACACAAGUUACAAUGGAGCAGUAAGAGAUUUUUAAAAAUCUCUAUGUAUUUUACUCCAUUAACUUUCACAGAAGAUUUGAGGAACUUCAUUAGUUUAAGAGAUAUUUCAGCUUGUAAAUGUGAGUCCAUUUUCAUUAUAUUACAUGGACUUUUUAUUUUUGAUGAAAUGCUGAUUGCAGUUAUGUGUUUGAUUUUUCUCUAUAUAAUUUAUACUCAUUUAAAAAUGUCAUGAGAAUUAUUUGAAAGCUACUUUUCUUACACAUUUUAGUAUAUUACUUUAAAAAGUUUUUUUUAGAUUUUCUCCGAAUUGAUGAUGAGACAAAUAUCUAAAAAUCACAUUCCAGAGAUGCUAAAAAAGAAAAAUAACGUUAGUCAUGCUUUAUACUACCUGGUCUUAGCUUCUUUCUAAUCAUAUAAAAUUUAUAAAACUGUGUUGGCAAAAACAAACAAGGUGAUUGCAGAUAUAUUUUAUUUUUUUUUAAUUUAAUAAUCAAGAACAAGUGUAAUUAUACUGGUAUUCUUUUCAGAAUACAGUAAUUGAGUUUCUAAAACCCCAGUAUCUUGCCAAAUUAUGUAAAGUAUACACUUAAUUUUCUAGAGGGACUCAUUACAUUAAGGUGAUCCUUUGGCAAAUUCUUUUUUUUUUUAAAGUUGCAUGCUUCUUAAAGCAGAAAUCACUCAUGUUUGCAAGAUAAGAACAUGCAUUUCACCUAGUGAGAAAUGGAUGCUGUUGCUCGAUGUUAAAAAAAAUAAUAGUAAAGAAAGAAAGGGAGAGGGCCUUUAAAUGUUUAAAAGAAAAGAAUCUACCUACCUAUCUCUAUACCUGUAUUUUAGUGAUCUAAAGUAUGUGAAAUGGUCUAAAGCACAGUGGAAAAUUCAUACAAACUAUUUCUUUUGAGUAUUGAUUAUUGGGAGCAUCAGGGUGACAGAUAACUUGUCACUUUAAAAUAUUCUUUGUAAAAUGAUUCUUUUAAAAAGUCUGAGGACUUUCAAAAAUUAAAUUUAUGGAUCCUUUAAUAUAGUCUGUAAGAUUGCUUUAAAUACUGCUUAGAAAUUCAUUCAGCAUAUACCAAUGUAAUUUAAUAUGGAAUUAGUACAUAUUUGAGAUUAAAAUAUCCAAAUUUGUGGGUGUUAAGAGAUAACAAUUAGGAGUAACAAUGAAGUUAGUACUCUAAAUCUAGAACAUACUGAAUAAAAUAUCUUCCAAAUCACCUUAGUGUAAGUAGCUCUCAUUUUUAAAUAUUAGAUAUUCUCAAAAAUUCGUUAUUAAACUGGCAAUUGAUGACCACAGUUAACCAAAAUAGAAAAUCUGCACAUAUAUUUUUAAAUGUUCACUAAGUUAAUUAGCAUAAUUGAAAAAUGAGGAUAUAUGUACACAGAUGUGUGAAAAUAUUUUUCACAUGCUAAAUAAUAAAUAUUUCCUCCUGUUAAGCCAUGUGAUAUAUUGUUAAAGAAAUUCUGUGAAAUACUUCUGCUAUAGAAUUUGUCCUAUAUUUCUGAAUUCUGACUUCAUCUUGCUUUAGUGCCAUCAUUGCCUGCACAAAUGCCAAGUGAGCUUGGGUUGAAGUGUAGCCUGAGUGGAGUUGAAUAGCACAGUGCUUGUCUCUCCGAAUUACAGUAAAAACAUUUGAGAAAAUCCACUGAAACACAUGUUCAUUCAGCAGGUGUCAUGCACCUGCCAUGUGGAUGGAUAGUACUAGUACAUAUUAAUAUAUAGCACUAAGAAUAUUGUGCCCUUUGUUUUUCUAAUUAUCUUGACCUUUUUAGGCUCUGAGAGAACAGUGAAUCUAGUGAGUGUUGGCAUCUAUAUAGAACCAAACAUUUUCUAGGUCUCUAGUUCAGCUCUCAAUUAGUCCAUUAAUUCAUUCAUAGGUUUAUUCAUUUCUCCACUUACAAAGUGACUCUGCAUAUUCCUGGGAGUUCAAAUUUGCACAAAUACAGACAUGUUUCACGAACUGUUAACUGUUCAGGGAUGAUUCUCAAGAUUUGGUUUGCUUAAGAAUCAUUUGAGAAGCUUAUUAUUUAAAUGCCAAUUCCAGUGGCCUUUACCCCCAACUUUUGUU